AUGUUUGCCAAAUUUACUUCUGUUUCCUUGGUGGCUCUGCUCCCCUUUGCUGCUGCUGCAGUAUAUGACAUCCAAGUCGGUGGUGAUGGUGGUAAGCUCGAGUUCUCGCCUGAGGCAAUUGCUGCCCAACCCGGAGAUCAAGUUGUGUUCCACUUCCAUCCCAAGAACCACACCGUCACCCAGUCCUCGUUCGCUGACCCGUGUGGUCGCAAGGAGGGUGGCUUUGACUCGGGCUUCAUACCAGUCCCCGCUAACACCACUGAUAACUUCCCAACAUGGACAUUAACCGUGAACAAUACCGAUCCAACUUGGGUUUACUGUCGUCAAGCCGCAAAGACCGCCGCCAGCCAUUGUGGCGCUGGCAUGGUCUUCGCUAUCAACUGUGGUUUAGACGGUGCCCCAAACUCCUUCACCAAUUUCAAGAAGUCUGCUCUCGCCGUUGGCGCUAGCCUCGCCGCUGAAGCUGCUACCCCAUCACCUUCCGCCGCUGCCGAUCCAUAUGGUGGAUACGGCGGAUAUGGUUCAGCCUCUGGUAGCAGCGCUAGCGCUGGAUCCUACGGCAAGUGGGCUGGUUACGGUGACGCAUCUACCACCACCUGGACCGCUGCGUAUGGCGAUGUCACUCUCCCGCCUGCCCCGAUCGUCCAGGUUGUCACCGAUACCGUUACUCUUGACAGCGAAGUUUGGACCACAACCUACAGCUCGUACCCCGGUUCCCCUGCUCCUACCCCUGCUUCUGCGGCCGGUAACGUUCACAAGGUCAUCGUCGGUGGACCAGGAAAGCUUCUCUUCGAUCCCCCUCACAUCGCCGCUCAGCCCCGUGAUACCAUCGUCUUCGAAUUCCACCAGAAGAACCACACCGUCACCCAAUCUUCCUUCGACGAUCCCUGCCGUAAACUCGUAAAGGACGGCGUCGAGGGCUUCGACUCUGGCUUCAUGGCCGUCGCUGAUGAUGCCACCGAGUUUCCCACUUGGAGCAUCACCGUCAACGGUACCGAACCCAUCUGGGCAUACUGCCGUCAAAAGACCCCCGCCAGCCAUUGUGGCGCCGGUAUGGUCUUCGCCAUCAACUCUGAUGAAGGUGGCCCACGCAGCUUCGACUCCUUCAAGAACGUUGCGACCGCCCUGAACGGUACCGCCGCUGCUGCCAAUGCACCCUCGGGCACAGGCGCUUCAGGUGCAACAACAACUGAUGGUGCCAACAACGGUGCCAUGUCUGUCAACAUCGGUAGUGCUGGUGCGAUGACUCUCGCGCUCGCCGCUGUCUUCUCGCUUCUUCUGUGA